CUUUUGGGAAACCCUGUCCGGCACUGACAUGCAUUGGCUGACACGUUCUCGAUUAUACCUGAUUAGAUAUCGCUACUGUUAAAGGACUUUUUACACGAUCAAGAUGGGGAAUAAUACAAUUUCCCUUGAGAAGGGAAAGGUGGUCGCUGAAGAGGCCCCCUUUCCGUUGACCGAUGUGGACAGAUGGGUAUUAUCACAAACAGAUGAGGAAUUCCAUCUGCAUGAUUGGGAGGAGUUGAAGGUGAUCAUAGCUACCAACAAGCUUGAGACUCUCAAAAGAAAACCAUCAGAUCUUCGCCGCUAUAUGGCUUGGUCCUCGGAAAUCAAAGCACAGUACGGAAGCAUGACCAAGUAUCUCAUCCAGCACCGUCUACCUUGGGGCUCGCCACCUUUCACCUACAACUCUCCCAUACCAUUUGAAGACCCCUCAGACUAUAAGAUCUUGCUCAACGACUGGCCGUAUGGUCUUACACCAGACAUCACGCAUAUCGUCGUCUGGUCCAAGACACCCAUUGAAACAGACAGUACAAGAGGGGAUGUCACGGAUGCUAGCAAGAAGAUUAUCGAAGAGUUCGUAGAAAAAGCGUUUACAAGAAGAUUAGGUGAUUCGAGUCGAGUGACAUGGUUCAAGAAUUGGGUUUCGUUGCAAAGCGUGAGAGCUUUAGAGCAUGUGCACGUUUUGGUGAAAGAUGCUUCAAAGGAAGACUUGGAGUUUUGGACUGGCAAGGCAUUAUAAUUAGAAAUAGAUCAGAGAACAAGGAGUAGGAGAAGUGAUCUUGUAGAAAUGCCUUACUAUAUUACUAGUGCUUUCUGUGUAUGGGUUAGAACUACAAAAUAGCCUCAUGCAGCUCUCCUUUGCUUC